AUGCGAAAAGUGCUUAUCCUCCUCAUUCCUUUUGUGGGCUUCACCCAGGAGCUACCCCUUCACUCGGAUGACGAGUGUGCAGAGGACCGCACCGACUGUGCGUUAACAGCGCUGCAGCACCGAGGUGCUCUAACCAAGCAGAAAGUGGGCUGCCACACGACGGUGCGAGGGGAAAGAUGCUUCCGCGAGGUGACUUGGGCCCGAGAGGUCGGCAUCCGCAAGCAUCCGGAUUGGUAUCCGGAUCUCACGAAGGAUUCUUCGGUGGUGGACUUCCAGCUCUUGAUUCACGAUCGAAUGCCAGGCAAAUGCCCGAUACCCUGCGGUGUACCGCUGCGCCCGAAGUGGUGCGAGUGGCCUCCGGCGGGCAGCCUCCUGGCCCCCGCCGAGGAAAGCGGAAGCAUCACCAUCAAGGCGUUGAGCUACAAUCUCUUCUGGUGGAACCUCUACGGAGUCCGCCGCGGUAAUGGGGACAGUGCCGGCCACCUCAUCAGAGCUGAGACCGUUGAGGACGGGCUCUUCGAUGUCAUGGGCUUCCAGGAAUGCGAGAAUGGGGUCCGUGUGCUGGAGCCGGUGGGCUUGAUGGACAGCUACGAAGUCAUGCAAGGUAUGCAUGCCGUGUGCCUCGCCUACCGGAAGGGGGCCUGGAGCCUUCUUUCAAGCGGCAGUGAGGACGUUGGGGAGGAUAUGAAGUCCCACUACUACGGACGCCGCGGAGUGGUCUGGAUGCGCCUCGUUCACAACGCCACAGGCAGAAAGUUGCUUUUCGCCAACCACCACGGGCCGCUGGAGGUGAACUCUGGCGGUGACUGUGGCGGCGACUCUAUCGCCAACAACCUGAUCGAAGUUCUCCGGAACAGUUCCGAACCAGGGGAUGCCAUCAUCUUGGUCGGUGACUUCAACGCGAACUCUGCUUCCCUCACCAUCCAGACGCUUUGGUCCCGGAUGGUGCUGCUUUACGGCGGUGGCUCCUUCGGCGGAGUGGACAACAUCUUCGGCAACAUGGACUCUGCUUCUGUCGUGAGCCGCAAGAAUCUGGGCAGUGGAGGCAGUGACCACGAUGCCAUUUCAGUGACGGUGUCCUUGGGGACGCCCCCGGCCCCAGCUCCCCCAGCACAGGAGGAGCAGGGGCCUGCCGGGUCUCUGGAAAGCGAGGCGACGGAAGCGCUAAGAGCGAAUCUGCCGGGGGACGACUGGCAGCAUUUCUGGUGUGGACAGCUGGAGCCGGAUGUGGGCUAUGUGCCUCCGCUGGGCAGCUGGUCCCUGGUCAUCAGCCAUCGACCUCACAUGGGCGACGACUUCGAUGUCGCAGCCCCGCAGCGGUGCUGCCGCCUCUGCCAGCGGGAGCCGAGGUGUAAGUCGUGGACCUGGAAAGACGGAGGGCCUCGGCGCUGCGAGAUGUAUGGGGAAGCUACUUGCUAG